UAAAUAUGUGGAAUGAAAUGAAAAGGAUAAGUGCAAGCACCGCUUAGUUCAAGUUCAGUGUUUGGUCAGUCCUGAGCGACGUAAUUUUAUUCUAAAAUCAGUAAUCGCCGCGAAAUAUCAAGAAAACAUGGCCGCUCGGGACCCAGAAUCGAAAUGCGUCAUCAAAUUCCCCGAUGGUGUAUACUGUGGCAGCAAGGUCAGGCUACAAGGAAACAUACCACCUAAUGCUCAGAGAUUCUCAAUAAAUCUUCAAUGCGGUCCCAGAACCGAUUUUCAAGAACAAGUUGCAUUGCACGUGAACCCAAGAUUCAAUGAUAUGAAUGUGGUUCGCAAUCACUACGCGGGUGGAGAGUGGGGACGGGAGGAAAACAGUGGUGGUAUGCCACUGUCCAAGGAUGCUGACUUUAAAACUGUCAUCGAGUGUAACGAGCAAGCCUUUACGGUGAGCUUCAACGGCAAGCAUUUCUGCGAGUUUGCGCAUAGGAUGCCGUAUCAUCGCGUCACUCACGUCAUGGUGGAUGGUGACGUCAGUCUGCGACUUGUCAGCUUUCCAUCGACCGAAUAAUCCAAUAGUUUGAAAGCACUAUAAGUCAGCGACGUGUAGCAUCGUAUCGCCUGGCAUUGCCUUGUCUUUCACCUUGGACAACGCUUAUCAGACUAACAUUUCAUAAAUCAUUGUAAUUACAUACUAUAAUAUUUUUUAUUGGCUUUAUUACACAUACUUAUAUGUAUGACUUCUAAAUACGCUUUUUGUUCAAAAAUAAACUGAACUUAUUUCAACAUGA